CAUGUAGUUUCUACAGGGCGAUCUAUUUUUUGAGUGCCCCAAGGGCAAGUGCGAGAUUUUUGUUGGCCAUGUUGCGUGCAAUGAUGGAGCAGGAUGAUGGGGCUCGUAUGGUGGACAAUGUGGGCUUGGAGCAAAGCAUGGGAUCCGCGGUGCAGAAACUGAACGCCUUGGGCACCAAGAGCUUCUCAGAACCCGUGAUCCGCCAUGCUGCGGAGCACGCUUUCAAGCCACAUCAGAACCGGGAGGAGCGUUCUCACUUGGGCUUGGUGCGUUUCCGCAAGCAGCACAUGGUGCCGGAUGUGGGUGGCCUCGGUUGGAGAACGAAGACUGGACAUCUGUUGAAGAACCAGAGCUACUUCCCGCAGACCAAAGUGAACAUCUGGGAUGUCCCUGCCUGUGCUGGAGUCAACACUUGGCAGGAUUGGCACGGGCCAAAGAUGGCAACAGAUGCCGAGAUGAACUCUUGGCAUGCUUGGAUGGAGCGAUUAGAUCGCUUUGAUGAGGAACAGGCCGAUUGGGAAGCGAAGAAACUCUUCGUCAACACCGUGCGUGCACAGACGUUGGAUCGUUUUGCCAAUCGCAAGAUCAAUCGCAGCAUGUUGGAGUCCCAACCCACUUGGGCGCCGCAUCAUCGCGCCAGACGGGAGGUACAUUGGACCAACGAGACCUUUGAGUCCAGUAUGGGCGAGAAACCACAGAAGGAGCUGCAGAAGGUCUAUACGGAUCUGGUUCUGCGGCGCGAUCGUCAGGGGAUUCGGCAGAUUGCGAAGCGCAUCCAAAACGAAGAGACCUGGAAGGUGGUCUAUAAGCAGGUCGAACAGGAGCGUCGCGCGGACAUCCGUGCAGAUCUACAAGAGCGGCAGGCGCACACGGAUCGCUUGAUGGCAAUGUCUGGACAGCCCGUGCAGCAGGAUAGACGGCGCGAGCCGUUGCCUAACAACUGCUCGCAGAGAAGCGAGGAGCUCUCCUUGCCCCGUUCCUUGUGGAGACCCAAAGAUGUGACACAGCUCACGGACUUUAGGGGCCUCGUUCAUGCGGACAGUGAAUUUGCGCUGGAGACGCUCUUCCCGGGCUUCGGCCAUGAGUUGAGCACUGAGUUUAGAGCAGCCACCACCAGGAGUGUUGAGCCGGGUUGGCCUCCCCCACCGGUUGCUCCAACACCUCGACGACAUCGCGGGCCAUCCCGAGAAAAGGCGAUCAAAAAGGGCGCCACGGUGAUGAAGGGUUCCAUCCCUGUGUCCAAACAUCGCCUGCAACGGAUCGGCACACGCACCAAUGAAGACCUCCUGGCGGAGCAUUCCAAGGCACAGUUCUUGCGGACCAUGGCGCCUCCGGCGCCUCCGCAGAAGAUCACGCUCUUGGAGGAGGACUUCUCUCCAAAGGUCACCCAGAUGGACCCCGCGAGGGUCACGGGCAGCUUCGCGCGGACGGAGCAUACGCGCCAUCCCACGUCGCCCAAGGCGCAGGAGAGUUUGCCACCCCCACGGCGGUCCAUGGUCUACAACGUCAUGGUGGAAUCCCAACCGGCUUCGCCCAAGGCGAGUAAGAAGGGAUUUGCCUCGGCUGUGAGUUCAGUGAGAUCGUUGAGGUUGAGUGCUUCAGCACCACAGCUCUGGCCACUUCAUUUUGAUGGAGAGCCUUCACAGGUGAUGUCGAAUGUUUGUGCUGACCUCGAUGACUUCGAGGCACGUGUGACUCCAAUGCCACGCAUCAGCAACUUCUUCUCUGAGGAUCAUUACCGUCCGCGAGCAUCUUCGGUAUGUCAAUGAUCGCCGGUGGGGAGGCUGGAAGAACAUUCUUCUCCUUCAAAGCUUAAGAUCU